AUGCUGGAAGUUACUUUAACCUUGCUGCUGAUAGCUCUGGGCCUCUUCUAUGCAUUCAUGACAUGGAAUUACGGAUACUGGCGCAAGCGAAAGGUUCCGGGUCCUGCCCCAAGCAUUCUCACAGGCAACUAUCCGCAUAUGUUCAACAUGAAACGUCAUACUAUCUACGAUCUCAAUGAUAUCUAUAGAGAAUACAAGCAUCAGUUCGAUGCCGUUGGCAUUUACAAAGCUCGCUGUCCACAGUUGAUGGUGAUAAGUCCGCAGUUGGCCAAACGCGUCUUCGUCUCUGACUUCAAGCACUUUCACGACAAUGAAGUCUCUCUGAUGGUGACUGAAAAGUCCGAUUACAUAUUUGCCAACAAUCCGUUUACUCUCGUCGGCGAAGAGUGGAAAGAGCGACGCGCAGAUGUUACUCCCGGUCUGACCAUGGGUCGCAUCAAGACCGUCUAUCCAGUGACCAAUGAGGUAUGCCGAAAGAUGACCGAAUGGCUACGCAAGCAAAUACGUUCGCCUCCAAGUGGAGGCAUUAAUGCUAAAGAUGUAAGACUCUGUUAAGUAAAUG